AUGGCAGCAAAAGAGAUGAACCCCCUUGUUGUCGACAGGCCUCUGGUGGUAUGUGGUCCUUCCGGUACUGGAAAAUCAACUCUUCUUACGGCUCUCUUCGCCUUAUACCCAAAUACGUUCGGGUUCUCAGUUUCCCACACUACCAGAGCUCCUCGAGCUGGCGAAACGAAUGGAAAAGAAUAUCAUUUUGUGAGCAAGGAAGAGUUCAUGUCUCGGGUGGAAAAGGGCGAGUUUUUAGAGUGGGCGCAGUUUGGAGGUAAUUGUUACGGUACCACCUUCGCAGCUCUUACAGCUCUUUACCCACGUCGUUGCAUACUAGAUAUAGAACUUCAAGGUGUACUUCAACUCCGUACCAAAGCUCCACUUCAGAACCCUCCACUACGUCCUGUAUUCCUUUUCCUUUCCCCACCUUCCUUGCCGGAACUCAAACGUCGUCUUAAAGGUCGUGGUACGGAGACAGACGAAGGUAUGCGUAAACGUCUUGAAGCGGCUAGGGCGGAAGUGGAGUAUGCCAUCAAAGAGGGACACGAUCUGGUCAUUGUGAAUGAUUCCGUGGAGAGAGCUGGGGAGUUGUUGGAAAAGGUAGCUUUGGGAUUGGAAGGAUGGGGAACUUGUGGUGAUAAAUUGCCAGAGUUUGAUCUGAAAGAUUUGGACCAUUAG